AUGGCUGAUACUCUCCGCCCAGCAACAGCUCCAUACAGCGAGCCCCUUCUCCCCCAAUUAGACGUCCGCAAUCCGUAUUACACAGACCUGCACCACAGGCUGCGCGCCUCUGUGCGCGAAUAUGUGGAUACUUACCUUUCGCCCUACGCCGCCGAAUGGGAAGAAGCAGGCCAAGUCCCUGAAGGCGUGCGGCGGCGCCAUUGCAAGCUGGGCUACAGCAUCGUGCAUCCCCUGACAAGCGAGGAGGACUCGGCCGGUCUGUCCCUCCCUGGGGAUGUGCCGCGUGAGAAGUGGGAUACGUGGUGCUCGCUGAUUCUCUCGGAUGAACUCACGCGCAUUGGAUACGUCGGGGUGAGUUGGGGGCUUGGUGGUGGUAAUGCAAUUGGAUGCCCGCCUAUUGCGCGCUUUGGAAAUGCUGAGCAGAGGAAGAGAUGGCUUCCUGGCGUUGCAACGGGUGAUAUCAGAUUUUGUUUGGGGAUUACGGAGCCGGACGCGGGCUCCGAUGUUGCCAGUAUCCGCACUACGGCGCAACUUGAUGGCAAGCACUAUAUUGUGAAUGGGGCGAAGAAAUGGAUUACCAAUGGCAUCUGGGCUGACUACUGCACUGCUGCUGUGCGGACUGGUGGUCCUGGCAGAUCUGGUAUUAGCUUGCUGGUAAUUCCCCUGGCUACUGCUGGAGUGACUCGCAGGCGCAUGCAUAACUCGGGUGUCAAUGCCAGUGGUUCGACGUUCAUCGAGUUCGAAGAUGUGCGAGUUCCUAUCGAGAACCUCAUCGGUCAAGAGAACAAAGGCUUCCCUCUUAUCAUGUCAAACUUCAACCCAGAGCGCCUUUCACUUGCUUGUGCAUCCUUGCGACUCGCCCGUGUCUGCGCCGAAGAUGCAUAUAACUAUGCCGUCCAGCGCGAGACUUUUGGCUCACCAUUGAUUGAGAAACAGGCUAUUCAAAGCAAGAUUUUUAAGUUCGGUCUUAUGAUCGAGCCAGCUUAUGCAUUUAUGGAGCAGCUUGUGAAUAUCCUCGAACUGACGAAAGACCGUCCUUCUGACGACGUCAACAUCGGCGGUAUGACUGCCUUGCUCAAAGUCAUGUCGACUAGGGCUUUGGAGAAGACCGUCCGAGAGGCACAGCAGAUAUUUGGGGGUGCAGGCUACAACAAGGCUGGGAAGGGCGCGAGAGUUGAGCAAAUUAGUCGUGAUGCUCGAGUUCAUGUAGUCGGUGGUGGAAGCGAGGAAAUCAUGGCAGGGUUGGCCCUUAGAGAGGAGACGAAGGCAAUUCGCACCCGACGAAAGGCGCUUGAGAAGAGACAGUCUAAAGUAUGA